AUGAUGGGUCACUUAUCUGUCAAAGCUUCACGCCAUAAAUUGCAUGAAGUUUUGGGUCGCUUGAAUGGACCUGUGCGAGAUCUUUUUUCAACAACUAACUUCGGUUACUUGUUGGACCUACCAGCUCAGUCCGGAGACGUACUUCUUAUUCGUGGGCUGUUGCUGCAUAUGUUGCAUCCUACUGCUAAAACGGACGUCGCUGAACGUCUAUAUUUUAGGUUUUCUAGACGUACACUGUCAUUUGGGCUGGAGGAGUUUUGUCUUGUGGCUAGAUUUUACAUGGGUUGGUGUCCUACAUCAAGGAUCAAAUUUUCAACCAUGUAUAAACACGGAUAUGGUGUAAAUACAUUUCGGUCUAGAGUCUUCCCAUAUCGCACAGACACUUCUUUAGUUGUAGAAGAUUUAGAGCUCAUUAUCUUGAAUCAACGGUUCAAUGACAUAUCGGCUCAUGACGGUGUCCGUGCCAUUUUGCUAUAUAUCCUUAAUCAAGCGGACAUCUUCGUCUCAUACAUCCUGUGGAAACAGCCAAUCUUCCAAGUCUACCGAGGGAACUCAUACGGUGGAACUCGAGACGGUGAUGAUUUGGAAGACUUUUUUAACAAAGCUUUUGAGGGGAAUGAUAAUGUAGGUGGUAGUCUACAAAAAUUAAAUCGAAAGAAGAAGAAAAAGAAGGUUGUUGCUAGCGAGAUUGUGGAUGCAGAAAAUCAGAUACCGGGGCAUCCUGUUGUGAAACAAGGUCGUCCGGUUAGUCAAUUGAAACAUUCUCAACAUCUUAGCCCUCCAUACGUUUCGGUUCAAAAUGCCCUCCGAUAUCGUACAGGUUGUAACGCCCCUGCUCUAUACAUGGGAAACAAACCGGCUGUUUUUUUGAAACAUCAGUUAUACAAUGAAAAAAUGGAAGCAAAGUUUUGGGAUUUGCUUUUUUAUGCAAGUGAAUUGGGAUUUUUAGAUGAAGCGUGGGCAGGAAGUGCAACGGGAAAUCCGUUUGACCCAUUGGAUGGAUGUAAAUCUUGGCUAGAAGUUGACAGUUUAUGGAUGGACACGCAUACGUUGAAUUUAUACAACAACUUCCGAUCAUUUGGAACCGUGAAGAUUAUAGAUUUUGUGUGGUUUGCAGAGCUUAUGGAACACAUUCUGCUAGAAAUUUGCUACUGGAACCACAUGGGUUUGCCUGUUCAGAAAGCAUCCAUCAUUGUUACAGAUGUUACGGACGUGCCCCAACAAGAAGGGAUGUUUGGAGAGUACGGUGUAUUUAUGCUGAUUUUCAUGGAGCAACUUGUUUCAGGUCGACCGAUUGGUAUAUCGAUGGCACCUGUUGUUGGUGCUACUCAGUUUCGCUAUAUCAUGGCCAUGAUAUAUUAUGGAUCUUCUAAACAUGCGAUUUUUAGUUAG